AAUAAAUGUCUUUCUCUCUGGAAGGUUUUCAAGCCCUACCAGGCCUCCCAGCAUGACAUGUGCCGCUUCCACUCCGAGGACUACAUCGACUUUCUGCAGAGAGUGAGUCCCAACAACAUGCAGGGCUUCACCAAGAGCCUCAAUGCCUUCAAUGUGGGGGAUGACUGCCCAGUGUUUCCAGGCCUCUUUGAAUUCUGCUCUCGUUACACUGGAGCCUCCCUGCAAGGAGCAACACAGCUCAACAACAAGAUCUGUGACAUUGCCAUAAACUGGGCAGGAGGGUUGCACCACGCCAAGAAGUUUGAGGCCUCUGGGUUUUGUUAUGUUAAUGACAUCGUUAUUGGCAUCCUGGAGCUGCUCAAGUACCACCCACGUGUUCUGUACAUCGACAUCGAUAUCCACCAUGGGGAUGGCGUGCAGGAAGCUUUCUACCUGACAGACCGUGUCAUGACAGUGUCCUUCCACAAAUAUGGCAACUAUUUCUUUCCUGGGACAGGUGACAUGUAUGAGGUUGGUGCAGAGAGUGGUCGUUACUACUGUCUCAAUGUGCCUCUCCGUGAUGGCAUCGAUGACCAAAGUUAUAAACACCUUUUCCAGCCAGUCAUUAACCAGGUGGUGGAUUACUAUCAGCCCACCUGCAUCGUGCUGCAGUGUGGUGCUGAUUCUCUGGGCUGUGACCGUUUGGGCUGCUUUAACCUCAGCAUAAGAGGCCAUGGGGAGUGUGUGGAGUAUGUCAAGAGCUUCAACAUCCCCUUGUUGGUGCUGGGAGGAGGUGGCUACACAGUCCGUAAUGUGGCUCGGUGCUGGACUUAUGAAACAUCAUUGCUUGUAGAUGAAGCAAUCAGUGAAGAGCUGCCAUACAGUGAGUACUUCGAAUACUUCGCUCCAGACUUCACCCUUCACCCUGAUGUCAGCACAAGGAUUGAAAACCAGAAUUCUAGGCAGUACUUGGACCAGAUCAGGCAGACCAUAUUUGAGAACCUGAAGAUGCUGAACCAUGCUCCCAGUGUGCAGAUCCAUGAUGUCCCCUCAGACCUGCUCAGCUAUGACCGCACAGAUGAGCCUGAUCCAGAGGAAAGAGGCUCUGAGGAAAACUACAGCAGGCCUGAGGCUGCCAAUGAGUUCUACGAUGGUGACCACGACAAUGACAAGGAGAGCGACGUUGAGAUCUGA